AUGGCAAGGGAUUUUCAGGAAAAAUGGGUAGCAAUGGAGGCGAGCGUGGUUUGGCAAGUUUGUUGGCAGAACGGACGGCGGCGUGGCGUGAGCGUGACGAACGAAGUGUAGUGCGGCUGGCAAGCUCGUGGCAACGGCACUCACUUGAUAUCGGCCGUCGCGCGGCGUGCCCGCUCCGCCGUCCGUCCGUCGCCUCGCCAGCACUCGUACUCGUAGCGUAACGUGAAUAAUUUUGGACACGACACUGUCGCGCCAACAAAAUUAUGAAACGUUGUCAUCUACCCAACUUUAUCCCAGUGGCCUCGUUAACAUUCGAAGCGGGAUUUUCGAAUAAACAAAGGGAAAUUAACUUUUGCCGAUGUUGAUGUUAAUGCCUAUGUUUGUCUUGUGAUCCCAGUGCGAAGACAGUUUGAGUGAUGUUGAAGUAACAUUGUGAAGAAACGAAACGUGCUACAUUGUUUAUUUAAUAGAUAAUAAAUACAACACAUGGGUAAGAAAAGUUAAUGCGCUGCUUUGCUGCUCUUAGCAUAGCAGAAGCGUGACUAAAAUGUCGGACGAAGGCGGGAGCGAGUUUCAGCUCGGUUACUGUGACCCCUGGGGAAGCAGUUUCCAAAAAACUUUUACACAAUUCCACGGCUACAUCGCGCUGGUCAUCUGCCUGCUGGGCUCCGUCGCCAACUCCGUGAACAUCGCCGUGCUGAGCCGUAAAGAGAUGGCCUCGUCCACCAACUCCAUCCUCACCGGCCUCGCCGUCGCGGACCUUCUCGUCAUGAUAGACUACAUUCCCUUCGCAUUUCUUAUAUACGUGAAGGUCGGAACUGAACAAAGUAGAAACUCCUACGCCGCCGCAGUGUUCGUGUAUUUCCACUCGAUCUUCAGUCAGACAUUUCACACCGUCUCAAUCUGGCUGACUAUCACGCUCGCGAUAUGGAGAUAUAUCGCGAUCAAAUUUCCUCAAAUGAAUAAGACGUUUUGUAAUAAAAGAAACACUAAUAUAGCUAUCGCAUUAGCGUAUAUUGUGAGUCCAGUAUUGUGUCUUCCUAUAUACUUUGCUAUGAAUAUCGAUCCAGUUCCGGGCAAAAGUAGUACAAAUGCCAUGAUGAAUAACACGAGUGACAUGAACGUGACCUCCAGUCGGGUCGAGCCCGCUUCCAAGUUCGCCAUUACCAUGACCACUAACGGCGACCUUUUGACUGCGAUAUUUUGGAUAUACAGUGUAUUUAUAAAACUUAUACCUUGUAUAGUACUAUCAAUUAUAAGUGUUUCUUUAAUUGUGAAAAUGAAGUCAAGUGAUAGAAGAAGACAAAAACUGUUGAAAAAGUCAGCUAUUACAACGAAUGAGGGUGAGAAGGCCCGCCUGAACGAGGACGGGUGCAAGCGCGGCGGCGGGCGCACCGACCGCACCACCCGCAUGUUGCUGGCCCUGCUCGGCCUCUUCUUGGCCACCGAGCUUCCACAAGCUCUCUUCGGCCUACUGACAGCGACGGCGCCUCGAUUGUUUCAAGUCUGCUACUAUACGUUCGGCGAGGUGAUGGACCUGAUGGCGCUGGUGGGGUCGGCCAUCAACUUCGUGCUGUACUGCAGCAUGAGCCGGCAGUUCCGCAGCACGUUCGGGCGGCUGGCGCGCAAGCUUCUGCCGCUGCCCGUGCCGGCACAGCCCGACGCCGCGCCGCUCACGGCGCGCAAGGCGUAGCAUUCGCGCACCGCGACCACCUCGGUCGCCCAUCUAUGAUCCAAACAACCCAAAAUGCCUUCAGGAAUACACAUAUCCCGGAAUAAGAUGUCACGCGGUACGAAACUAUGUAUAACAUACAACUAGUGUGCUCUUGUGAUUGGAUUGGAUCGAUGGACCUUAGGGAAUAAAUUCUAGUUAGUGGUUCUUUUUGCACAUUACUUUGUGCGAAAAGGCGAUUGGCAGAUAACUGUUGUAUAAAUAUGAGGUUGGAACGGAACGUGUAUGUCGUAUUCAGAGGACCAGUAAAAUGUAGAACCAAGUUAUCAACACAUCUUUGUGUAAUUUAUCAUACUUAAGUAAGUAUUGUUAACCUAACGUAUCAACGAAAUCUCUUCAUAAGUCCAAAUUGUGCUAAGAAGUGCAAAUUAUAGUUCAUGUUUGUUGAAAUAAGUGACUCUGGGUCUCUGAGAGUCUCUGGUUUAAUACUGCAAAAAUUAAAAUUAAAUAUACAAUAUAAUAGUCAAGGACUUGAAGUAAGAGACACGUAACUCCCACGAUUACGUUCGUAUGUAAAAUUGCCUAACAUUAAACUCACACCCUUACUCAAAACAAUUUAAACUUUCAUACCCAGUUGAUUGUUUUGUUGGUAUUGGCAAUUUAAUUAACGACAAAACAAUCCAGUACGACACGCUUUUAAAUAUUAUUUUUCAAUUAUGUGGGUACUAUACAGCGUGUAUUGUACAGACCCAAAUGAAUUAACUUGCCUAUGUUUCAAUAAAAAACACGAAUUUUAUUUUUCUAUAUAAACUAAUUCAGUAGGCAAUGUAUCAUUACUUUUUUUUUAAAUUAUGUACGAUAUAAGUAUUUGCCGCUACAAAAUCUCAAAUUAAUUGCACUUCGUUACUUAAGGCUGAAUUAAUAACUUCUUUUGAUAUCGUGUCAAAACAUUAAAACCUACUCCUCGUAUCAAUUUGCAGUUGUAUUAAAAAUACACGCUACACCUAUUGUUUCUUUUCGUUGCGAAAGCUCGUAGACAGCUUAAUGCAAUAUAUAGCAUAUAAAUAAAUAAAUAAAUAUUAUAUGGAUAUUCUUACACAAAUUGACUAAGUCCCACGGUAACCUCAAAAAGGCUUUUCCUAUGUAUUUAAGUAUUUGUAUAUUACAUAGGUAUAUACCUAUAUAAUAUACAAAUACUUAAAUACAUAGAAAACAUCCAUGACUCAGGAACAAAUAUUUGUGCUCAUCACACAAAUACACGCCCUUACCGGGAUUCGAACCCAGGACCAUCGGCUUCAUAGGCAGGGUCGCUACCCACUAGGCCAGAACGGUCGUCAAGCAUAUAAGGUGAGGAAUGUCACGGAGAAAAAAACAAAAUCUUAUCUGAGUAUUUCACGGCAGAGCGGUGGACAUUGAGAGGACUGCGAUAAAUGGAUAGCAGGAACUUAAUUCCUCAGCACACGGGUGAUAAUUUUCUUGCUUAUUAAAUCGUAUCGCAAGUAUCACAAGUGAUGAAGGUGCUUACUAGAAUCAACUAGAAUUUAUAUCAGAUGUUGAUGAUAGGUGUCAACCAGUGUAUAUUUAUUAAGUAUAUAUGUGAGCCGAUGAGCUAUAAUAUUAAAAUUGAAAAAAAAAAACAGUUUUUCUGUGGGUAUUGUAACCUGGCACACGCAAUAAUAGAAUUUGUAUUAUUAUUGCAAUACUACAAGUUUUGUUAAUGUGUGUGUCAUAAGAGAAUCUAGGGCAGUACAAGCCUUGCGCAUGUUCUAAUAAAACAAUCCAAAUACAUGCAGUAUUGACAUAAUUAUGAACUAAGGUUCUUACUUAGGCCUCAAUUUUAUAUAGAUUUAAUUUUUUUGUGUUAACUAGUCAAACAAUGUCCUUAAUUCCUCUCAUAAGAGUAGGUUGAUAUAGGAUAACAGAAAGAAGUGAUUCGGGCGUGUUAGGUACUACCGACAAAAUUGACAUAGACAUCUGUAACCUUGAACUAUGAAUAACAGUCCGUAAAACGUAGUUCUGCCACUAUUGAAUUAGGGAACUACGUGGCCGCUUUUCCCACUCCCAGGGUAAUAGUUUAAAAAAUUAUGACUUAUUGUAAUGUAAACAUUAUUGACUGUGAACUGUAACGUUGCAUGAGAAUGAACAUGUAAGUAAUGAUGUUUUCUUUAUUCGAAUUGUUUUGUAUGUUAUUUGUUAUUGUUACUUUAUUCAAUGUUUAAGUAAACAAAUAGUCUGAGUUUUUGCAAUUAAGUAAAAAAUACAUAAUUAAAUGUAAAAAAUAUAUAGGUGAAAAAUAUAAUACACACAUAAUAGCAUAAUGCGGGUUUCCUUAAAAGGACUACCAUAAAAUUUAUUUGAGUGAAACAUACAACUAUGUUCAAAAGUGAUUUAAUCAAGUGUAUACAAAUUUUGAGUUGUAAGUAUAAUUGUUUUUGUAUUUAUUUAAUACAUUUUAUAUUAGAACUAAGAUAUAAUGUUUAAUAUGUUGGUAAAUGUUAUCUAAACUAUGUUAUUAUUAAUAUACAUUGUCAAUUACUAUAAGAAUUACAUGGAAGAAUUUAUCUUGGAUUUAAUUCGCCUGAAUGUUAGUGCUUCUGGUCACGACUCACGUCGCAUUUAUGUAUUCCGAUUCCCGACCCAAAAGUUUGCUUGACAAAUGCUUCAUCUCGCAUACAGCCUAUCGCCAUGCGAAAUUAGAUUGAAAGUCACCCCAACCGAUUCACCAAUCAGGAUUUCAUUUUAGUUCGACUAUAAUAUUCAUUGUCCUUUAUUACUUCAUAAUUUUAGCUCUGCCAACUGUUUAAGUUGCAAAAUUGUAAGUUAAAAAGUUAAAACCGAGUUUAAUAUUCACCGUACAAGCUCCUGAAAUAUUAAUAUUCAUAUGUAAAUGGAUUCAGUCACCUGCCUGUGAAUACGAAUUAGAAUGAAAAUAAGAGGUUUCACUACCAGUACUAAAGUAAUUGACGAGUAUUUCGGAGUAGGCAUAAUUUUGAUUACGGGAUAUUUUUAGGGUAAAACUACCCUACUACUAAGACUCUGUUGUCCGUCUGUCUGUCAACAGGCUGUAUCUCAUGAACCGUGAUAGCUUAGACAGUUGAAAUUUUCACAGAUUAUGUAUUUCUGUUGCCGCUAUAACAAUAAAUACUAAAA